AGUUACGGCCAUAGACGUUAAAGAAAUUUUACCAAUAGAUAUAAGCAUGUUACAAAAGCAGUCGAAUGCUCGAAGUAUGCAAAUACGAUUUGGGUGAUAUUUAAUUAAAUAUACGAUUAUCUGAUAUAUAUGUAUCGUAUAUAUCGAAUAUAUGUGUGAUGUAUGUGUAUAUGUAUAUAUAUAUACACACAUACACGGAGAAUGAAUGUAUGAAUAUAUAUAUGGAGUAGUUUGAUCUUUUGAUUAUAAUAAGUUAUUCACAUUUUUCGAGAUAUGAUUCGUUCCGCGAAUUGAAACUUUUUCAAUUUCCGAUCACAUCUGGCUAGGUAUGUAAGAUUAGGAUGUAAGAAUUCUUUUUGAUUCAAAUUUGACAUUUGAUCUCAUUAAAUUUGUUUUUUUUUAUUGUCAACAAUAUAUGUUAAAUUACGGUAAUAACAUUAUUAUUAUUAAAAUUAGAAUGAUAUUUAAAUAAUUUAAGAUUUAAAAAAGAAAAAUCUCGUUUGUCCAAGAAAUUUAUAACAAAAUUUGUAAGUGAAAGAAAACAGUCAAUUUUUCGGAAGUCGUAAUGUAAUUGUAAUAAUAAUAUUUUCAUUAUCAUUAUUACACAUGACAAUUUAUAACACAAAUGAUGUAUUUGCAACGUUUUCGAGCUAGGAUUAUUUUAUGAAGAGAUUUUGUUUCUCAUUACACAUUUAUGGCAGUUCCUCUAACGACUUCUUUUAAAUAAAAAGGAAAUUGUAAAGAGUUUUAUUGGCAUAUAAGAAUUAUUAAAUAGUUUAUGUGUAUAUAGUACUGUAAUUCAAAAAUUAGAAAAAUAAAAGUCAGAAUUUUAUAUGUUAUUUUCGAUGUUUUACAUAUUCUUGUGUAUUAUAUACAUUCUGCAUAAUUUUCAAAUUUUAGAUUAAAUUUCUAACGAAUAUAUAUACAUAAUCUAAUUAUUCAUAAUUUCAUGUAGUAAGGAUAUUAAAACAAAAAAUUUUGAUAAUUGUAAUUUUUCUUUUUAUUUAUACAAUUUUAAUCUAGUAUUAUGAACAUAAAUAACAAUUACAAGUAAUUUCAUAUCUAAGAAAACUCAUAUUCAAAAAAUUCAUAGCUUAAAAAACUAGGAAAUAAUUAUGCAAUUUCUCUCUAAUAAUAGUUAUAUGUUUCUGAUUUAUAAAAUUAAGUUAUAGAAACUUGCGUUAUUCAAACAAUAAAGACACUAAUUUAUUUUAGUAAAUUAGUUAACUAGUAAGUUAUAUUUGAAAGGUACUAUUAAAAUACAUAACCUCAAAAAAUUCACAAGAUUCAUCAACAAGCAUCAGUUUAUUGUAAAUCUAAUAAUUUUAUAUUAUUUUCUUAGAAGAGAAAUCUUCGUUUCAUAAUUAUGUAUAUUAUGUGAAAUAAUACAUAAAUUAAUGUUUUCAAUAAACAUUAUUAUAUUAAGGUAAAUACAUUUUUAUUGUCAGAAUGCAAAAUAUGGGAAUAAAACAAAUAUUUAGAUGUAUUUGUACUAAUAGCAUAAAAUAUAACAUAUCAAAACAAAGCAAAAUAAUAAAUAAACUUAUAGAAAAAAACAAAAGGAACAGGGAAUCAAUCGAAAAUAUAUAUUCUCAUUCAUUGAAGAAUAAACUUUCUGUAUAUACAAUACGGAGGAUAAAUGUCCUAAAUAAAGUUUUUAUGGAACAUAUUACAGAUUUGAUGUCGACUGGAGAAAUAAGUACCGAAAUUUUAGAUAGGAAUAUAGAAAUUACUCACGUUAGAAUAACUGUUGAUUUUAAGCUCAUUAAUAUAUAUUGGACAAAUAAUAGUACAGAGAAAUCUAACACAGAAGAACUAUUGAAUCAUUGUGCUUUUACCUUGAGGCAUAAGCUGUCUCAACUUCGGGUCAUAGGCAUGGUACCUCCUAUUCAGUUUGUCAAAUGUAAAGGCAUAAAUGUUUUAAGGGAAGUAGAAGAGAAACUGAAAACUCUGGAAUUUGACAAAAAUCAUGUGUCUACUCCAUAUCCAAAUGCCAUACACCAUAUUGUUAGUGCCUCUAAAAUCUGUGACAAUAAUGAAGAUGUACAGAAUGAUGAAGAUGAUAACUUUAAAGUUAUUGUACCAGUAAUGAAACAUGAUGUAUUUGGAUUAGAUCAUUUCCAAAUUAUGUCAAAGAUAAAAUCUUCGUUAAAUAAAUUUAAAAAAACAGAGGAACAAACAUUAAGUAUACCAACCUUGAAUACAUUUUCUACAUUAGAUGUAAAAGAUAAGUUCAAUUUUUUAACUAAUAAGGAAUGGCAAGACGAAUUCAAGCAAUUUCUAAAUCAAAGACGAAAAGAACAAAGAAAAAAAAUGAAAAAACGUUUUGACGUAGAUGAUGCUGUUGAUAAUAAUGAUGAUAAUGAUUUUGAAAAAAAUCAUGAGUUUACCGAAGAUGAUUAUGAUGAUUUUUAUAAUUGUAAUGAUGAUAUUGAUGAAGAAUUUAACAAAAAA